AUGCUGAAACAAUAAUAAAAAAUCUCCAUAACAAAGCUACAAGUGGCAUAUAUAAAGGACAGCAGCGGAGACAGGACUCCAGUUGCCGUUUGGCUAUUACGUAACGCUGUAGAUCAAGCAGAUGUUUGGAUAGAUGACAGUGAGAGCCCGGCAACCAUGAAUUUCCAUAUGACAUACUUCGCAUUAUUAUCAUUUUUGUCAACUAUUGCAUUGCUUGAUGCAGGAACUAUUCGACUUGAGCCUGAUACAAGGGGUGCUGUUGCUGGUCUUGUACAAGUCUAUCACAACGGUGAAUGGGGAACAGUAUGCGAUGAUAGCUGGGGUACGAAUGAUGCCAUGGUUUCAUGCAGACAACUUGGAUUUACUAAAGCURUAUAUUACUGGUACAAUGGACGAGGAGAGGGAARAGUGUGGUUARACAAUAUGGGAUGUAUAGGUUCAGAGGCCACACUUCAGGAUUGUCCUCACGCUGGAUGGGGAGUUGUCAGCUCCAACUGCAAAAAUCACACAGAAAAUGCUAUUGUGGUGUGUUCUGGUCGAACAGGAAUUGAAUCAGGCGAGUCCAUAGCGAAGAAAGUGUUGGUACAAAAGUGAGCAAAGGCGUUUCAAGUUAAUGGUGUAAAGAUUCCAGUAGCACAGCCUACAAGGACCAAGUUAUUGUUGCUUAUAGACCACACUACUCUACAGCUCAGUCCAGGUAAUUCUGCACAAUUUAUUGAUGAAUUCCCUGUUUACCUUGAAUCUAUAAUCCUAAGCAAGAAACCUGUUAUUAUAAUGGGUGACUUUAAUCUGAACAUGGAUGAUCCAUCAGAUACUGAAUUCCGCGACCUGUUACACUCGUAGGACUUUAACAACACGUUAGAGAGCCCACACAUAUUCAUGGACACACACUUGACUUAGUAAUUACCCGAUGCUGUGAUUCUUUACUAAAGGGUACCCCAAACAGUGACCUGCUCAAUUCACAAAUUGAUUUUUGCGGAGGGAGGAAACCGGAGAACGCGGAGCAAAAACCCUCGUGACAAAGGAGAAAACAAAACAUCAAAUAAACUCAAUUCACAUAUGGUGUUUGCAGGGCUUGAACCAUUGACCCGAUUCUUUGGAUCCGCCUCCUGCAAUGCUUAUGCUAUCAUGAAGCUCUCUCAACUAUCCGCGUACACCAUAAACAGAUUUACGCACCCUAAGCAUUGACCAUUGCUUAAGUAUAGGACUUUCUUUGCAAGGACAAAUCUAAAUGAUAAAUGGAAAACCGACACCUGAGGUCACUUAAAACUCGUUCCCAAACAAACUUGUCACUGACAACCCAUCAUUAAUUAAUACUUUAAGAAAUGCUAUAUUGACGACGCCAUUUACUAUCAGGGUCAGUGGGGA